GUCACGCUGUUGGGGUUUGGUUCCAGAGUCUUGGAGUCCCCCUUCUCUUUCGCAGUCAGCGCCGAUCGAGUCGCCCCAGCGCCUCUCCUCCCACGCCUCUCUCACAAGGUCACCAUGCCCCUUGGGGGUCAAAACAAGCUGCACCCCGCGGUGACGAGGAGUCGAUCCUUCCAUGGGUUCAGGGGUCAGCAGGACUCCACGGGCAGGUCCCGCGUGUCCUCGUGUCGCUCCCCGGAGCGCGCGCGCCGCGGGAUUGGCUCCCCCGGCUCCGCACCCCCGGCCACGCCCCCUCGCGCCGCUCAGCCGCAGCUGUUCCGCACGACGCUGGGAGCACUGCGCUCCGGACUGCAGGAGUACCUCACCUGGUACCAAGCACAGCAUCGUGACCUCACCAUUGCCAUCAACAGCACCAAGAGAGACUCCCGCCUGGGAAUGCUGUACGAGCUGGACAAGCAAAUUAAAGCCAACGAGCGAAGCCUACGGCGGCUGGAGUUUCACAUGAGCAAGGUGGAGGCGCUGCAGGAGGAGCACACCGUGCAGACGCGUCUCCACGCCGGCGCCGAGAACCUGACCAGGGCGUUGGCGUGCUCCCCCUCGACCCGCGGGGCGCGCGACGCCCUCGCGCACGCCCAGCGCAGCGCCCGCGAGUGCUGCGAGACCAUGGCUCAGCUUGAAGGCCAAAUGGAGAACUUCCUGGGAGAAUUCCACGUGAAGAUUCUAGGCCUCGUGGGCUUCGCGCGACUCUGCCCCAAGGACACUUACGAGGUGUCGCUGCGUCACGGGAGGCAGAGGUGGAAGGUGCGCGGGAGGAUCGGGGCCGAGGGCGAGCAGUGCUGGUCGAGCGACGGCACCGUGCUGCUGCCGCUCAUCGGCGAGCCGAUCGUCGUCAAGGUGGUGGAACUGAAGGGGUUGGUGACGCAGACGCUGGUGGGGCAGGUGAGCCUGGAGCCCACAGAGCUCUACCGCAAAGACGAGCAGCAGCUGGAGAUUAACAUCAACCCGCUGGGCACCGUGAAGCUGCAGCUGCUCGUCAGCUGGCUAGCGUUGGAGCGCGAGGAGCCGCUGUCUCGCCUCGGCUCCGUGAGCGGCCACCGCCGCACCCCCAGCGCCUCCUCGUCGCACCGGACGGUGCCCGGCUCCCCCAGCACGCCCAGCACGCCCGACCAAGCCUUCUUUGAGGAGUUCUACCCGACGGACGAUGCCUCCUCCGUGUUCUCCGACUCGCUGGACAGCCCCGCGCCGUCGCUCGGCUCGUCCCGCCACCCGUCCUCGCCGCGCGACCCCUCCUCGCCCCCGUGGUCCCCCACGAAGCCGGCUCGCCCGCCGUCCGCGGUCACGACCGCUCGCAAGACGCUUCCCUUCUCCGGGCCGGCGUCGCCCGGGCGCCGGGAAGCCCCGGCGGGCGACGCAUCCGUAGCGGUCGUCCAGGGCGUCGCCCGUCCGCCGCGGACGACCGGGGGCGGCCGCGCGGGGCCCGCGCGGGGAUGCGGCACGGCGUGCGAGGAGGGGUCGGCCGCGGUCGACUGCGCGGCGACGGGGCCGGGCCUGGACGAGGCCGCGAGGGAGCUGAGCGUCGCGCUGGAGGCCCGCUCGACCCGACACGGCCUGGAGGACUUGGAGGAGAUGGCGACGGCGUUUCUCUCCCUCCUGGACGCCACACAGAAGGGCCGAUUUCUGAAGAGCCACGAGUCGAGCGGGAGUCUCACGGUGGAGAGCGCCUUGGGCAGCUUCGACUUCCUGGACAUCUCUGAUGGAGAGCGGUCCGAGUGCGGGGACAACCGAGGGCCUCACGAGAAGCGCCGCAGCUCGAUCAGCGGCGGCCUGGGUGGCGGCGGCGGCGGCGGCAGCGGCAGCGGCACCACCGAGGACGUGGGCAUGGGCGCGAGCCGCGAGCCCAGCCCCGUCCCCGUGACGACCGGCGACGAGCUCCUGGACGCGGCGCUGGCGGAGCACCUGCGCGCGUGCCUGCGGCUCCUCCUGAGGCUGGAACUGUGCCGGCAGCUGGGCUACAACGAGGACCCCGUGGUCCGCAAGCUGCUCGCCCAGGCGCCGGUGCUGAGGAAGGUGGCCGAGCUCAGCGGGCGCGACGGCACGCGCCCCGCCACGCAGGCCGCCCACGUUUACCCGGAGCUCAAGGCCAGGCCGUGGCUGCUGUCAUUCUGGGACGACUGCUGCUGCUGCGACUCUGGACGCUGCCUCUACCUCAUCCCCACGGAGCGGCUCCUCCGCCGGCUGGACAAGCCCGCGGGAAGCGGGGCAGCGUGCAGGGACGCUGUGGCCUACAUGGUGGACGGUUUGGCCUGCGCGGCACCACGGCCCGGCCUCCUCAGCCUCUUCCAGUACGCGGAGGCCUUCCUGCAGGGCUGCCACACGGUCGCCCUGGAGGCCCAGAUCCAGCGCCUCACCUCCCUCCGCGGGGCGAACGACAGCAGCACCGCUGACAGCGACGGCUCCGUCUAGACGGAACUACGCGGGAACCCCGCCGUCAAGCGCCGCGGCCGACGAGAAGGCGACGCGGCGAGCCGCGCGGAGCGACCCGCAUGGGGGGGCCACGCUCUCCGCUCCGGCUCCGCGGCCGAUAUGACGGGGGGCCGCCGCCAUCGCGAUCAGCUUCGGCCGCGGCCGAUCCGCUGCCGGGUGACGGCCUCCCCACGCCGCAGCCUCUCCCGGUCUCACGAGGCAGCGGCCCGCCCCCACGGCGCCCGCUCGCGUGAGCUGAGUUCCAGGACUUCGCCGUCUCGUUUCGCCCCGGGCCUCGCCGCUCCGCCGAUCUCAACGCAGCGCCCGGGCGAUCGCUCCGGUCGCUCGCAGACGUGGGUCGAGGUUAGGGGAACGCGCGCGCGUGGGCCGCGGGGCGACACGCGUCCGUCAUGUGUGGGCUAAGCUUGUCCGGACGACAACCACCGCCGAUUUUUCCCGCGAUAUAGUACUUAUUUUAUCCCCCCCGCCCCCCACCCACUUUGCAAUCUCCCGGUUUCUGCGAGCAGCUUGCUAUGCCGCUGACCCAACUGCCCCCGCGAGCUCGUCGGCAGCACUGAUCGUGCACCGGAGGGGAAUGUGUUCAAUCUGGCAAAACGCCUUUUCCGAUUUGAGCGCGACUCAGCCAUCGCAAGGGGCUCUCGCGCGGUCCCGGGGAGUGGCCUCCACGUGCCCGCGUUGAGGUUGCGCCGGCAAAUUGCGUUUGAAGAGCUCGCGCGGUUCAAGUCCCAGCGACCCCUUCGCCCGCACGGUGAACGGGACUGCGCGCGCCAUCCGCUAGGCGACGCUUUUCCACGGGCGCAUCCGAGCCGCGCCGAGACCGCGUGGCGCGCUUCAGGGAAAACGCGCGUUGCUUUUCCACCGCACGAGCCCCGGGGUCCAUGCCGUUGACGUCCCGCGCCGACGACUGCACGGCGUUGGUCGAGUUGCGUGUGCGGGCGACUUUUGACGAACGGAAGGCUUCGCGAGCCCCACCCCUGUCCCUGCUUGGCCCCGAGCCAGAUUCAGACGUCCCCUUUUGCGGAGCCAGCCGUAGCGGCGGCUUGAUUUCCCGGCUAAGUAAAAUACCAGUGGGAAAACCACCCGUAAGCGUGCUAGCCUCGACCUGCUGGCACGGCUGAGAUGUGCCAGCCAGAUGUAAAUGGAGUGGAGGAGGUGAGCUGGGUGAGGGGUGUGGACCCAGUCUCAUCGUUCCUGGCCUCCGCAGUGUGUGUGGCACUGGGAGUGCCAACAUCGGUUUAUUUAGUUACUGUACUGCACUCUGCAUACCAAAUGAUAGCGCGGGUCUUGAUAGGUAUGUACGUACGCACGUCUAAAUAGGUAUACCACUACUCUUUAGUUGUUUUCAUUUAUUUUAUUUUACCUACGUGACUUUACCAAAAAAAACAAAGAGUAUGAAUCCUUGCAGUCACGAAAGCUUCAAAUCUAGGUAUACCACUGUUUCUGAAAAAAGUAUAUGUCUGACGAGGCUUGUUAGUGUGAUGCUGGAUGUCACGUGUCACUGGACAGGUGUGCGAUGCAAUGUGGAGAGUGGUGGUGCAGCGGUUAGCAUGCCGCAAACCCGGCGUCCAGAGUUCGAUUCCCGCUCACGGCCAACACCGGUGACGAUUAUCCAAACCGGUCCUGGGCCUCC